UUCCCACGUCAACAUCACUGAACAUGCAGAAGAUUCAUCGGCACCUGAAACAGCCCAUUUCAGCGGUAAAUUGUGGCCGAAAUCGAAGUAAUGCGCAGACGACGACAGGGUCAGUGAAAAUCUCGUCUCCAACGCUGGACCACGCAGCCAGAACGUCACGCCAGAGCCAGGCCCAGGCUGCCGUUGGCCGAAUGUGCGUCGUUGAAAUAGUCUCGGUAAUUUCGGCUAGAUCCCCGCUGCUGGGCUGCUUGGCGGGUUCCUCCCUCGAUAUGCAACAGCAGCUCCACUCGGGGGCCAAACAACAAGCUUUGGGGAGCCAAUGGGCAUAGGUGAGACUUGCGCCGCAUUCCUUCCCAGUGAGGCGCCUGCAGGCCUAAGUGCUAGGCGACUAUCAGAGGGACUUAUAUUUGUACCACGACAUCAACGUAUCGAGGUCUUGAACAACACAGAUAUUGAAUCAGCAGACUGGAGGCUUGUCUUCCGCGAAUUUUCCAGAGUUUUCCAUUCGCAACCAUCAACUUCGCAAUGCCUCAGCCCGGCUUUCAGUAUUCCAUCAGGAUUAGUGGCCGAACAUGCCUGCAGUCUCACCAACACCUCAUGCCCUGCGGCGUCAGGCGAUACAGGCCCCCAUGGCAGACAUCCUGGUCGCUGGAGCGGCGGUAGGCGUCUUGGCGCUAUCUAUUCUCAACGACCAGUGUCGUUUCUGCUGCAGGUUGGAUAUUAUCUGGAGAUGAUGGGUGGUCAAGGUGGCUUGAGCCUCAUGGCCCUGCGCUGCUGCAUUUCUCCUGAGUGUAAUUGGAAUGACCGGCAAGGCUACGACUUGCAGGAUCCCCCUAUCGUGAGUAGUCAUAUAAGCAGGUUGGCUGCACCAUCUGUCUCCCGUCUCCCCUUCUGGCUAUCCUUGUGACUUGUGCUUGAACAGACUCCUUCCUUUCCAAAGCAUUACUCUCGUUUACGUUGGCGGUGCCAGUCGUUCUUUUCUGACAUU